CUUCUUGCCCCGUCUCCCUUCGCCGCCGCCGCCGUCGUCAUGCUGGAGGAGGCCGGCGAGGAGGUGCUGGGCUCGGUGCUGCUGAAGGCCUCGUGCCUGCCGCUGAGCUUCCUGCUGGUGCUGCCCGCCGUCCUGCUCCUGCUGCUCGGGCCGCCGCCAGCCUCGGCCGCCCACGAGUUCACCGUCUACCGCAUGCAGCAGUACGAGCUUGGGGGGCAGCCCUACGGCACCCGAAAUGCUGUGUUAAACACAGAGGCGCGCACCGUGGAGGCGGAUGUGCUGAGCCGCCGCUGUGUGAUGAUGCGGCUGAUGGACUUCUCCUAUGAACAGUACCAGAAGGCUCUUCGCCAGUCAGCUGGUGCUGUGGUCAUCAUCCUUCCUCAGAGGAUGUCAUCAGUGCCUCAGGAUGUCAUCCGGCAAUUCAUGGAGAUCGAGCCAGAAAUGCUGGCCAUGGAAACCAUUGUGCCGGUCUACUUUGCCGAGGAAGAUGAAGAGCUGCUCUCCAUCUAUGAGCAAACGCAGGCAGCUUCUGCGUCGCAAGGCUCAGCAUCAGCUGCUGAAGUUCUGUUGCACACGGCAACUGCGAAUGGCUUCCAAAUGGUGACCAGUGGGGCUCAGAGCAAAGCCGUCAGUGACUGGCUCAUCACAAGUGUGGAGGGACGGUUGACUGGUCUGGGAGGAGAAGACCUGCCUACUAUUGUAGUAGUAGCUCACUAUGAUUCUUUUGGGGUUGCCCCGUGGCUCUCCCAUGGUGCUGACUCCAACGGGAGUGGGGUGUCUGUUCUCUUGGAACUGGCCAGGCUGUUCUCUCGCCUCUACACAUACAAACGGACCCACGCUGGGUAUAAUCUUCUGCUCUUUGCAUCUGGAGGUGGCAAGUUUAAUUAUCAAGGGACCAAGAGGUGGCUGGAAGACAACUUGGAUCACACAGAUUCCAGUUUGCUGCAGGACAAUGUGGCGUUUGUCCUCUGCCUGGACACUCUGGGGAGAGGGAACAGCCUUCACCUGCACGUCUCAAAGCCUCCAAAGGAGGGGACUCUGCAGCAUGCUUUUCUGAAGGAGUUGGAACAGGUAGUCGCCAGCCAGUUUCCAGAGGUGCGGUUCUCCAUGGUGCACAAAAAAAUCAACCUGGCAGAAGACAUGCUGGCUUGGGAGCACGAGCGCUUUGCCAUCCGGCGGCUGCCAGCCUUCACAGUUUCCCACCUCGAGAGUCACCGAGACGGCCUGCGCAACAGCAUCAUGGACGUGAGGUCAGCUGCUGGAGCCCGGGUGGACCCCAAAAUACUGACUCGCAACACCCGCAUCAUUAUGGAGGCAUUGACAAGGGUAAUCUACAACCUAACAGAGAAGGGAGUACCUGCUGACCUCCAGAUCUUCACAGAGCAGAUGCAGAUCCAGCAGGAACAGAUGGAGUCCGUGAUGGACUGGCUCACCAGCCAGCCCAGGGCUGCCCAGUUGGUUGACAAAGACAGCACUUUUAUCAACACAUUAGAGUAUUACAUGAGCCGCUACUUGAAAGAUGUCAAGCAGCAUCACGUGAAGGCAGACAAACGGGAUCCUGAGUUUGUUUUCUACGACCAGUUGAAGCAAGUCAUGAAUGCCUAUAGAGUCAAGCCUGCCAUCUUCGAUCUCCUUUUGGCUCUCUGCAUAGCAGCUUACCUUGGAGUGGCCUACGUAGCUGUCCAGCAUUUCAGUCUCCUUUACAAGCUUGUGCAGAGGUUAUCCCUGAAAUCCAAGCAGCAAUGAAAAGGACAAAGCGAUGCUGUCAGGGAGAAGCCCUUCUCCUUGCAUCGGAUGCUACUGCUGCUCGUUUCCCUGUUUUCUCUCGUACUACACUGGAACAGGGAGCAAAAGCUGACCCGGAAGACACUUCAACUCCCUUGCAUUUUGCAAACCUGCAUUUCCCCCCUCUCCCACCCCUUCCCUGGGACAGGACUGCAGAUGUGCACCACUCCUUUCAGAAUGAUCCGGCACUGGGUGGCUCUUUCUUUUCUCUCCCCACCCCCUUGGAAGCCAUCCACCGAACAAAGACGUUUCCAUAAAGUCAAAGCUGCUAUACAAAAAGCGAGUGACAUGUGCCAUAGGUCUAAGCUUGGGGGGCAGAAACCUUGGGGGGCUUGGCGCAUGGGGCCUGCCUGUCAAAUGGAGAACUUGAAGUGACGGUUGGUUUGUGUUUUGUUUUUGUUCUGUUGUUUUUUUUUU